AUGUCGUCGGACCAAAAUCAAAAUUCUCGACGAAGCUACCGAGAUCAUCAGCAAGAUUCCCCUCCUGGCUUGCCUCGACUCAACCUCACGACCCUUCCCUCCCUCCGAUUCGUCGUUCCCAGAGGUCGAGAUUCCACCCACGACAAUAGUGUCACUUCCGCGACGGCGAAUCGACGGUAUCGAAUCCCAACCGGAGCUUCGAGACAAAGAAACUCUCAGCGGAACUCGUCUCUGUCCCGGUUUUACAGGCCACACUACGCAAGCCAAGGCUGGGAGGAAGCCAACGCGCAUCUCCAUCUGCGGGCCAUACUCGAGCAGGCGCAUAGUAGUCCUCAGCUCAGCUCUGUCCGGUACGGAGGUAAUACUGCCAGCAACCCUUCGCCGGGUAACAGUAACAGCAUGUCUUCGUCUACACAGCGUCGGCAGGAGGCCCUGGAGGACAACCGGAGGGUGAAGAGACGCAAGGUCGACGCCGAUCGGCUGGUGCCCAACUUCGAGGGCUUCAGAUACGGUACCUAUGGGCAGGUGGAGCCUGGGACGUUGACGAUGGAAAUCGUCAGCUGCGAUGGUGGCAUGUUUUUGAACGAGCUUUCGUAUGCGGCCGAGAAUAUCCUGAAGAACGACGCGUCGGUGUAUUGUACCAAGGGGAACCGGUGCAACAUCGUGCUUCGCCACCAGGGUGCAACAGUGUUUAACUUGACGGAGCUGAUUAUAAAGGCUCCAGGGUCGAACUAUUCUUCUCCAGUUCGCCAAGGAAUGGUGUUCGUCUCGAUGCACCAUGACGACAGACUCACGAGGACGGCACAAUAUCAAAUUCAGUACGGAACGACGGCUGCUGCUGCUAGGCGUUCUAGUGCAGGCACCGACGAUCGAGCCGAGGAAACUGGAGUCCGAGCAAGAGCUUAUGUGGCGGCUUGGCGGCGACGAGAUGGUACCGGACGCGUCAGGAGAAGGAGUUCAUAUCAUGAUCUUGGACUAGAAUACGAUCGCGAUGAGGACGACGAGGACGAAGAGGAUGAAGACGAAGAAGAGGAAGAAGAUGAGGAGGAGGAGGAAGAGGAAGAUGAUGAGCAGGAUGAUGAGGAAGACGAUGAUGACGACGAGGACGAGGAUCACCGGUUCGCCCAAAUGCCUAGGGAGUUUUCUACGACGGCACUCCCUCCCUUCAAUAUUACAACAGAGUGCAGCGAUGACGACGAGGGCAUUGAGCCAUUCCUGGUGGGUCGUAGCGCUCCCAACCGCAUCGGGAUAUUACCAUUCGAGAGUGACAGCGAAGACAGCUUCAGCAAUGGCAUCGAUGAGCCGUUCCUCGACGACCUCGCCGUGUUUGGCCUUCGGGAUAUUUCUGCCUCUCUCGGCGACUCUGACACGACACCGACAUCGUCUGGGACCACAAACGGCCAGGGACAGCAGCAGCAGCAGCAGCAAGGGACGAUUAGGGGACCCAGUUCGCAGGGCGAACUGAUGGCCCCGCAUGCCAAGUUCAACAUUGAGAAGGGCAGGAGCAAGUGCACCAUUCACUUUGACCCGCCAGUUUCUGGGCGGUUCAUCUUGCUCAAGAUGUGGAGCCCGCACCAUGACCCUACGAGCAACAUUGAUAUCCAGACGGUCAUGGCCAAGGGAUUUGCGGGACCGAGAUAUUUCCCGUCGAUUUCUCUUUUGUAA